AUGUCUCCUUAUUUUCUACUAAUCAAAAUAAUACCUUCCCAUCUCUAUCUAUCUAUCUAUCUAUUUGUGAAACAGAAGAGAACUGUCAAACAGACGCGUCUUAAAAUUUUGUCUCACUCCCCCUUUCCAUGCCUCCGAUUUUCAACUUAUCAAAAUAACGCUUUCCCAUCUCUCUCUCUCUCUCUCUCUCUCUCUCUCUCUCUCUCUCUCUCUCUCUUUAUCUAUCUAUUUGAAGAGACAGGGAAAUUUUUCUUUUUCGCUUUCCCCGAUUUCCGUCACUUUUGUCUGACUCCUUAUCUAUCUAUCUAUCUAUCUAUCUAUCUAUCUAUCUAUCUCAGCCUAUUCACAUCUAUCUAUCUAUCUAUCUCAGCCUAUUCAUAUCUAUCUAUCUAUCUAUCUAUCUAUCUAUCUAUCUAUCUAUCUAUCUAUCCCAGUUUGUUCAUAUCUAUCCCAGGCUGUUUCUAUCUAUCUAUCUAUCUAUCUCUUUUUACUACUUUAGUCUCUCUCAGUCUCUCUCUCUCUCUCUCAGUCUCUGUAUCUCUCUCCUUCUCUCUCUCGUUUAUCGUAUUUUUAAAAAAUAUAGAUAAAAUUAGGAACCCCGCUCUUUCCCCCCUUUCUCUCACAUCAGAAUGUGGUGUCAUUUUUAAACACACCAAAAUUCCCUCCCACACCAUUGACUCAGUUCUCCUUUUGUUAGACUUUGUUCUUUUUCUUAUUAUUAUUUCAUCCUUUAGCCAUUUUUAA